AUGGCUUUCCGACAACCGGCCCCGCACAUGGCUCAGCCCAUGGGUAAAGCGGCUCAGGGCCGUCAAGUCGCCGAACCGAUCGUCGCUUCGGAGGAGUACAUGCGCUACCUAACCAAGCUGAUCCCGACAACAACGGAACUUGUCAAGGCUGGAUUCGUGAUGAGCCCGCUCACUAAAGCUGAGCUUCAGACGAAGGUCAAGUGCAAGAAGUGUAACAAGAAAUGCACCAAACCCGAUCGCGCACCGCCUAGAAUGAUCUCUUACGCCGGCGAAGGCCCCGGAAAUGGCGGCGCUGAGAACGGACUUACCCCGACUCCGACUGCUACUGCUUCAAACGGUUCAAGCGGUAGACGUAGAAGCCGUGGCAUUGGCAAGUCUCACACGCACACUCACACGCAUGAUAACGGCAAGCAGAACGAGACGGAGACUGCCAGCGGCAGCGGCAGCGGCAGCGGCAACAUGAAGCAAGAACAGCAGCCGAAGAUGCACUGCAAGUUCCAUCCUGGACGGGUUAACAACAAGAUCUGGACCUGCUGCUCCAUCCACGUCUCCAAACCCCCCUGCUCCGGUGCGCCCACUCAUACACCCACCCUGUACGCCCCGGGCGUUCUCGAAGCCCGAUGGCUGUUCAAACCAACACCUCAUCAUCCCUCCUCAAACCAACAGGCGCCCCAAUUCCGCUCCAUAGUAGCAAUAGACUGCGAAAUGGGCACCGCCACCGACUUCGAAUCCGAACUCAUCCGUAUAUCCCUCAUCGAUUACUUUACAGGCCAGAUCCUCAUCGACAGUCUCGUCCGCCCCUUAGUGGCAAUGCAACACAUGAACACUAAGUACUCCGGCGUUACUCGGCAAGACAUCAACAAUGCUGUGCGCAACGGGACUUGCAUCCUCGGUGGACUUGAAGAGGCGCGCAAACAAGUGUGGAAGUUUGUGGGACCUGACACCAUUGUCGUAGGACAUAGCGUUAGGAACGAUUUAUCUGCGUUGCGCUGGAUCCAUGCUCGGUGCGUAGAUAGUUUGCUUGUUGAGGGGGGGGUUAGGAAAGAGAUAAAAGAAAAAGAGGAGAGUGAAGAUAUGGCUAGAAGGGCCAAGGAUUUUGAGGAGGGAGUGAGGACGGGGGAGGAGAUUGUUGAGGGUAUUAAGAGGGAGAAGGAGGAGAGGGAGAAAGAGGAGAGGGAGAAGAGAAGGGUCAGGAGACCGGAGGAUGGGAUGUCGCUCAAGGCGCUGGCGAAGAAGAAGUUGGGAAGAGUCAUUCAGGAUGGGGGGAAUAAGGGGCAUGAUAGUGUUGAGGACGCGGUGGCGGCUAGGGAUUUGGUGCAUCAUCAUGUUUUGUGGAUGAUGCGGAAAGAAAUGGAGGAGGAGAAGGAGGAGAAGGAGAAGGAGGAGCAGGCUAGGAAGGAGGCCGAGAAGGUGGAGAAGGUGGAGAAGGAGGAGAAGGAGGAGAAGGAGGAGGAAAUUGGUUAUCCUCGCGUCGUAUUCGGUGAAGAUGGCAAUAUCUCGCAUAUGGAUAUGGGUCCUCUCUUUCCCGGCCGGCCUGGGAACAACUAUCCCUGGAUUCCGCUUCCGGGCCCUGAAGAUACAGGUAAUGGCCCGUCGCGUGGAGUUUAA